AAACAAAUUUACUAAAAAAGAAGAAGAAUUAACCUGAAAAAACAUUUUUUGGGAAAUAUUCAAAUGUUAGAAAUCCAAGAUUUGCGUGAUUUUUCAAUUCAAAAUUGGUACGACAAGCUUAAAGAUGUAACUAUAAAAACAAUUAUACUAGAGCUACCUGAGCAACUCUUGAAGAAAAUUCAAAAUGAAGAAAUUCAAGACUCUGAAGAAGAAAACGUUUGUGACCAAAGAGAGGAAGAACUACCUGAAAAAUUUAUUCAAGAUUUUAAAAAUGCAAUAAACACGCUUGAAAAUAACGCCUUUGUUAGAAAUAACUGGCAUGCACCAGUCGACGCUAGAGUGUUUAGUUUUGGUAAUGCUUUAAAAGUAGUAAAUCUGGAUGAUGUAAUAACUUAUUUUAUGAGUUCAAGCAAAAUUCAGGAAGAUUUUUCUGUCGCCAAAAACAUUCCAUUCUGUAUAGCUUUACGCAAAUGGAUAAGCAUCCAUCCAGCAGCUGAAUUCAGAUGCAUUGUCAUUAAUAACAUUCUACGAGGAAUCACCCCACGAGACUGGCCAACUUUUUAUGCGCAUUUCAAGGAAGAAGGGCCGCAGAUUAUUGAAGAACUAACACAGUUUUACAAUGAAAAUGUCAAGCUUAAAUUUCCGAGGAAAAAUUAUAUUUUUGAUAUUGUUUUUCAGUACCCAGAAAAACCGUACUUGCUAGACUUAGAACCUUUAAACUCCAAAACGAACUUACAUGCAUUUAGUUGGAAAGAGAUCCAACCUCUUUUAAGUCAAGAAGCUCCAGAAGAUAUUGCACCAGUGUUCAGGUACUUGGAAACUGAUAUUGGGAUUAUGACUAAAGCCGAUGCCUUAAAAACAUUUGCUAGAUGUAAUUAAUAUUACAAUUUUGUAUUCCAUUUUGUGUACCAUACUUACUUAUUAAAUUACCAUAAUAUA